UGUUGGUCAAGGGUUCAUUCUAAAGAAACUUCUACUACUUAUGUUGGUCAAGGGUUCAUUCUAAAGAAACUUCUGCUACUUGUUUGAUUUUCAUCCUCCAUGGUUCCUUCUGAUCAAUGCCUUAGUUUAUUCCUUGAAAGGUUUAAUCUGUCCAGCGAAUUUAUACAGUCAAAACUAAAAUAUAAAAGGUGAACAAAUGAGACUGAAGUACUCAUUUCUGACAUGAAAGUUGAAACUUACAUUUCUCUAGGUCCAUUCAUUAUGAGAUAUGGUUCAGAUUUGAUACUCUCAAGGACCAAACUAAGGCAUUGAUGAUUUGAUUCUUAAUAUUAUCAUUAACUAUUAGAGGUGGAAGAAGGAAGAGUUAUGACUCGAUCACAGUUUUUUAUAAAUAUUUCAUGUCUUUUCUGGCAGUACGAUGCAUUCGAUAUCGGUUUCAUAACAACAGAUGACUUAACUAAUGCGGAUAUUUUGGAAGCAACUUAUCCUGCUGUAGCAAAGAGACUACAUGGUGAUUGGAUUAAGGAUCCUGCAAUUCCUAUUGUCACUGGCUUCCUUGGAAAGGGUUGGAGAACUUGUGCUGUGACUACAUUGGGCAGAGGUGGUAGUGAUUUAACUGCCACAACCAUUGGUAAAGCACUUGGUUUGCGAGAAAUUCAGGUAUGGAAAGAUGUGGAUGGUGUCUUGACAUGUGACCCUAAUAUAUAUUCAGGUGCAGAACCUGUGCCAUAUUUGACUUUCGAUGAGGCAGCUGAACUUGCAUAUUUUGGUGCCCAGGUCCUACAUCCACAGUCUAUGAGGCCCGCAAGAGAAGGUGAUAUACCUGUUAGGGUUAAAAAUUCGUACAAUCCUAAUGCUCCAGGUACCCUAAUCACUAAAUCAAGAGAUAUGAGUAAGGCAGUAUUAACCAGCAUUGUUUUGAAACGUAAUGUAACCAUGUUAGACAUUGUUAGUACUCGCAUGCUGGGUCAAUUUGGAUUUCUCGCUAAGGUGUUCUCGAUUUUCGAGGAUCUGGGUAUAUCUGUAGAUGUUGUAGCUACUAGUGAAGUUAGCAUUUCCUUGACGUUAGAUCCUUCAAAGCUUUGGAACAGGGAGUUGAUUCAGCAGGCAAGCGAACUCGAUCAUGUUGUGGAAGAGCUUGAAAAAAUUGCUAAAGUGAAUCUUCUUCAGCACAGAUCGAUUAUUUCACUCAUUGGGAAUGUUCAGAGAUCCUCACUUGUAUUGGAGAAGGCAUUCCGUGUUCUUCGCAUGAAUUCAGUGAAUGUUCAGAUGAUAUCCCAAGGAGCAUCGAAGGUGAAUAUAUCUCUGAUAGUAAAUGACAGUGAAGCGGAAAGAUGUGUGAAAGCCCUGCAUUCGGCUUUCUUUGAGGAGGAUGAUAUCUCUGAUAUGGACCGAGGCCAUUAGUUUGGAUAACUUCAAAAUUUUCCCCUUGACCAGUUUUUUAGUAUAUUUACCAAUGGUAGUAGGGUUGGAGGAAUCAUGGAAAGGCAUUUCUGGCUAUAAAUAAUUAUGUUGUUGUCAGUAUCACUAUUCUAAUCCUUGAUUGAAAACAAUUUGUAUCAUUGUUUUGAUCCCAAGAUGUUUGUUGAAUGAAGGUAGUAUCAGUCAUUUAUGUUUCUUGAGC